CAACGCAUCUCUGGUUGCAGCAUCCCUGCUGAUGAUGUUAUUAUCUGGAGCACAAAAAGGGGCAGGACACGGGGAAUAGAUACAAGGAGGUGAGGAGAAAGAGAAGGACAUCUGUAGGAGGCAGAGGAGCAGAGCUUGGUGCCGAGUUACUGGGUGUGGAGACGGUUAUCUGUGAGGACGGCUAUCUUCUCCAUGUUAACAAGCUCCCAGAGGAGCGCCUGUGUUGCUAUUGAGGAGCAAGGAGAAGUAGAGGAGGAGGGGUAGACAGAGAGGGGGGGGGGGGUGCUCCUUCUCCUAGGGAUAUUACCCCUCCUCUAUAGCUGCCGGCUACUGUUCCCUUUUCAGCUUCUUUCUAAGACAUCAAGAGGGUAGGUAGAUAUAAUCUGGGAAGGCAUAUGGGGUUACAGCUUGCUCGUCACGUUGGCAGGAUUAGAAGCCUAGCCUGUAACAUAGAAAGGCAUGUAGGUAUAGGCAUACACAUCACAGUGCAAGAAAAUGAUGUUGUGUUGUCUAAAUCAUACAAAGAUACUGUGUGUAAAAUUUCUGUGAGAAACCAUUGUGCUUUAUGCUAAUGUUAUGUACACUGUCUUUGUAUGGCUAAGACAAAAAGCUCUGAUUUGUGAUUGGUUGUAGGCUUAAACUGCACAUGUUCCUCAUUAAGAGUGCAGGCAAGACAGGAUGCACUGAGGAGGGUGGGAUGGUUCACGUGUCUUUGUUUUCACGGUUUGUCUGUGACACCACUCUGUGUGAUACCGCUUCCCAAUAAUGGCAGGCAAGAAAUGUAUAUGGCAAAAAUUCAAAUAAUAUUUAUCUUCUGUAGCUCCUGACCGUCAUACAUUAUGGGUUAGUGUUAGGGUUCAUUAUUCAUUAUUUUAUUUACACCCCUGUUUAUGCAUGUAAAAAAAUGACUUCCAGUAUAACAUUCCCAUGUCAAUAUUUAUGUAUACAUGUGUUUGUUUGCGGUGUGUUUUUGUAUGCCUGCUUGUUUGUAUUUGUAUGUGCUCUCAGUCUGUGUGUGUGUUCUGUACUCCAGAGGUUAUAUGGGUGGGUGUCAGAUUCUGUCAGUUUGUGUAUACCAGUACCUCACACUGCAUGUUACAUGUGUCAGGGUUGGUUUUCCUUGGUAUCCUAUCUUCUUUGUUCUGCCACAUUCUUUCACUGCUUCUGGUGCCCACAUCCUGCCCACAACACCCACCUCUGGCCUGCUGGCACAACCGGUUGUGGGCUUUAUUCAGAUGGAAUGGGGGAGGGGUGCAUGUGCUUCAACUAUUCAUGUUGACAGGAACAAACUCUAGACAAACCAUGAACCAGCCAAGAAAUGCAAGGUUGAUUCUGAGAAUGAGGAUAACGUUUCAAGCGCUGAUAUGUUAUGGAUCUGCACGUGAUAAGGUUCUAUGUAAAAAUGCUCAUUGUGUUUUGCAGGUUUUUCCCCCUGAGAGAAUGUACCCGUUGGAAUCCCAACGCUUCCGCAGACCUCAGUCCAGAAAGGGAAAAUCUGUGUCAGUUUUGAGACUCAUUGGGGACUGAGAGACAGAACCAGUGACACAGAGACCUGAGACACCCACAACAGAGAAAAACGCAUCUAUCUUCUCUAUCCUACAGCUUCCUGUCAGUUAAGAGCAUGGAUCUGACCACAGUCAAGACCACUGCUAGCUUUCUUUCCAGCACACCCAGCACAUCCAACCCUCCCAGCAUCUCCCUCCUCCCAGUCACCACAGACGCCAGGAUGGAGAGGGACAACAUCACAUCCAGGACAACACUGAUGACCUUAACGAUAACCACUAAUGAGACAAGUUUCAAUUCCACCAAACUUCCAGAGGUUGCUGUCGAAGGCUCAGGAAUUGGCAUGGUUCUAGUACCAUUCGGCAUCAUCACUGUCAUUGGUCUGGCACUUAUCAUUAUGCUGUACAUCAGAAAAAGGAAGAGGCUGGAGAAGCUAAGGCACCAGCUCAUGCCCAUGUACAACUUUGACCCGGCAGAAGAGCAGGAUGACUUAGAACAGGAGCUGCUGGAUCACGGCCGUGAAGGCACCCUCACAGGACCCAACGCCAAGACCCUCACAACCUCCCAGGGGACGACCCAGAGGCCGAGUCGUCUGGUCUUCACAGACGUAGCCAACGCUCUCAAUGCGUAACAGCACUCUUCCAGGCAGGAGUGGGUUUGUGGGGGCUCGUUUUCCCAUCAUGGAGAUUUGUUGCUCAGGAAGAAUAAAAAUUAAAACUGGAUUUGAGUCGUGGAAGUAUGGAUGAUACCAGAGGCGUGUAUCAUUGUAGCAUGGUGUUUGUUUAACUGUGAUUGUCGUCCACAAUAUUAAGAUUUUCACUGUCACCUGAGUUCUUCUCAGUCAUCUUCUUCAGAGACUGUUUUAGAAAUGUAGGAUGUGAACUGUCUGGAACAGAUCAUCUUACACUGUUUGUCAGCCAGAGCACAAGGGUUGUGUACUUGUGUGGGAUAUAACUGAUAGCAGGACCUUUGGAGUGUUCUCUAAUAAAUCUGAGAGCUCUCUAAGAAAAAUACUUUGUCAAAAAAUCUUUGUCUACAUGUUCAUAGGAAACUUUGUUGGAAAAUGUAAAAAGAAGUUUGACAAAAGAGAGGGCUCAAGCUGUUUAGCAAAAUGUGAGGUUUUGACUUCUCGAUGUAAAAGUUGUGGGCUUGAGGCUGAGAACACAUAGGCAUAUUGAAGACACUGGACAUAGAGCUCUGGAUGUGUUCACUGCAUGGGGAACAUCCAUGUCACUCCACCAUAACAUGGCUUCAUUCCCACUCCCCUGAUGAACUCUGGACAUUCCCUCAAAUGUUAGUGUUUUCAUGAGUAAUGAAGAACUGUUGUUUUUCAAUAAACAUUCAACCUCCAA